AUGAAAUUUUAUUCUAAGGCUGAAAAGAGUAGUUUAGCAUUCUACCUAAAUGAAUGCGGGUUCGAAAGUAAAUUGGAUAUGCCUUUUAACUGCAUGUUCAAGUAUUACAAAAAUGCACUAAAAAAGGCAGAUGCUACAAUAGCUGAACAAAUACGUGAAAUAGCUGAAUAUUGUAUCAUUGAUGCCCUUAGUUGCCAACAGUUAAUGAUUAAGCGCAAUGUGAUUAAUGAGUACAGGGAGGUUGCAAGUAUAGCCUUUAUUUCAUUAUCAGAUGCGCAUUAUUUUGCAAUAGGGAUGAAAGUGAGCAAUCUUUUAAGUGUCUAUGUCUUUUCACCAAUAAAAGGACUCGAAAAUAGACGUCCUGUAACUGGCUUAGACUUUGCAUCAUUAUAUCCGAGUCUUAGUAUGACUUACAACCUCUCACCUGAUAAAAUCAUUUUAUCUCGAAAACAUGCUGAAUCUCUGAGAGACAGUGGCAAAACGUUCUAUAAAAUUAAUUUCAAAUUCAAUGGUAAUAAUGUUCUUGCAUGGUCUAUAAAAUAUAAUAACAUUCCUGAAGAAAAGGGUCUCUAUGCCAAUGUGCUGGAAUAUUUAUAUCGUUGUAAAGGAUGUGCUCAAAGAGACUGUAAGGGAUAUUUCGCAGACAGAUCUUAA